AUGUCUACAACCUCCGAAGCUCCAAAAAAGGUUGGAUAUUGGUAUUUUGGUGGUUGUGCAAGUGCAAUGGCAGCCGCAUGCACCCACCCGUUGGAUCUAAUCAAAGUCCAUUUGCAAACGCAACAGAAAAAGGAGGUCGGUAUGAUAGGCAUGGGGAUCCGUGUGUUCAAACGUGACGGAUUUUUUGCGCUAUACAACGGCAUCAGUGCUUCAAUUUUACGUCAGUUGACCUACUCAAUGACGCGUUUCGGUAUGUACGAGACAUACAAACAAAAGAAAGGCGGGAAAAUGUCGUUUGCUGAAAGCGGUGUGGUGGCGUGUGUUUCUGGGUUUUGUGGAGGCAUUGUCGGAAAUCCGGCUGAUAUGGUAAACGUCCGUAUGCAAAAUGACAUGAAAAUUCCGGCUGCGGAAAGACGAAACUACAAGCAUGCGAUCGACGGCAUUAUUCAGGUUAUCAAAAAAGAAGGCACAAUGAAGUUGUUUAGCGGUGUCAGUAUGACCUCGCUUAGGGCAGCGUUUAUGACAUUCGGACAAUUGGCAUUCUAUGACAAAUUCAAAAUAUUAUUGAUCAACACCGGCUAUUUCGAUGACAAACCUUUGACACACAUGAUGGCCAGUGCAAGCGCGGCUGGCGUAGCAACUUGCAUUACUCAACCGUUUGAUGUCAUGAAAACUCGCCUAAUGAACGCUCCGCCGGGAAAAUAUUCGGGCUUGGUUAGCUGCGGCCUGGAUAUUGCCGUAACCGGACCGCUGGGCUUCUUCAAAGGACUGGUACCUGCAUUUAUCCGUCUUGCCCCCCACACGGUACUCACAUUCGUCUUUCUGGAGCAACUGAAGGUACACUUCGGCUACGUGCCAGUUACCAAAUCCACGCCUUAA